CUCAAGCCCUACCUGCUUCCAGCUCUCCAGCCCGGCCGGAUUCCAGGUCUGCGACUCCUGCUCCAGAAGCAAGCUCCGGUCCGGUUUCUACCGCCUCGCCCACUGCUGAAUCUGCGGUUCCAGGCCGGAUCUUGGCGGCAGCCGCACUCUCAGCUCCCGCUGAAUCAGCGUCUUCGCCAGCUGUAUCAGCGCUGUCCGCGGCUCCGGCCGCCUCUGUAUCAGCGCUGCCCGCGGCUCCGGCCGCCUCUGACCCUGUUCCCGCGGCUCCGGCCGCCUCUGACUCUGCACCCGCCGCGCCUGCCCAAGCUGCACCCGCCGCGCCUGCCCAAGCUGCACCCGCCGCGCCUGCCCAAGCUGCAGUGCCUGCCGCCCACGUGGUGCCCACUGCUUCAGCUCCAGUGCCAGCGGUGCCCGCCGCUCCUGUGUCUGCAAUGCCUGCCACCCACGUGGUACCCACUGCUUCAGCUCCAGUGCCAGCGGUGCCCGCCGCUCCUGUGUCUGCAGUGCCUGCCACCCACGUGGUACCCACUGCUUCAGCUCCAGGGCCAGCGGUGCCCGCCGCUCCUGUUCCUGUACCUGCUCCAAGAACAAUGUUUGGCCCUAGGCCCCGUGUCCCUAGGCCAGCAAGGCCUCCUGACUUUGCCCCCAGUCCUGUGCCCAGGCUGUCCCCACAGACUUUUGCUGGUCCUGGGCACCCUCCUAUGUUUUUGGUCCCCCUGUCUCUCCCUGUCCUGGUCCCCGUAUCUGUGUUCGUUCAUGUUCCUGUCCCCUUAGGUUUUUCUGUUCCUGUCCCCGUCACUGUGCUAGUUUCUGUCCCUGUAAGUGUAUUUGUCCCGGUUCUCUCGUCCACAGUCCAGUCUCUGUCCCAGUCUAACGUCCAACCCCAUGUCCAGUCUUUCGUCCAGUCUCCGUCCCCUGUCCAGUCUUUGUUCAUGUCCCCUGCCCUGUCCGCGUCCCUGCCCGAUGUACAGCCCUCUGUCCAGUCUCAGUUCUCGUCCCCUGUCCGGUCUCUGCUUUUCCCACCUCCCCAGUCUCCAUUCCAGUCCCAGUCUGUAUCCCCUGUCCAGCCCAAUGUCCAGUCUCCGUUUAUGCCCACUGUCCAGUCCCCUGUUCAGUCUCAUUUCCCAUCCCCUGUCCUGCCCAAUAUCCAGUCUCCAUUUGUGUCUAGUGUCCAGUCUAACGUCCAAUGUCCGUUCACAUCCUUAGUCCAGUCCCCUGUUCGAUCUCCAGUCCAGUCCCCUUUGUUGUCUAGGGUCCAGUCUGUGUUUCAGUUUCCUGUCCCGUCCUUUGGCCAGUCUCCUCUCGUCUGUGCUCAGUCUUAGUCUUGUUUGGUAUCCUGUUGUGUUUUCCACCCCCUCUUGCCCGGCUCCUGGGGAUCUGUUUUUAUGCGCCCCGGGAGUUGCGCGUUAAAGGGGGGGUUCUGUCAGGUCUUUAGUCUGUCUGCUUCUUAUGUCUGUGUUAUUCUCAGGUCUGUGUUUAAUUCCCAGUGUUUUUCCACUCACCUGUGUUCAUUUGUAGCUCCGCCCCUUCGUCCCAGGUGUUUCCUGUUUCCUGUGUGUGUGCACCUCUAUUUAAGGUCCGUGUUCCAUUUCCCCGGUGUCGAUCCUUGUACGUUUAUUGUCUGUCAGUGCUCCAUGUUUUCCCAAGUUUCCUCAGUCCUGUUUUUCAAUAAAUCCCUUUUUGUUUGCAUUUGCGUCCGCCUCCGCGUCCUCCCAGCACCCGCACCUGACAGAAGGAUCGACCAAAUAUGGACACAGCAAACAAGUGGACCGGCUCCAGGUUGGCGAUCCGCCAUGCAGCAUGCGGGACCCCGGCGUUGGAAUCCCCGAGGCCUAAAGGAC